UCGUGGAGUGCGCAUAACGUCUGUCAGGCCACGCCGCGCGACGGGAAAACCAUGUGGUGAAGUGAAACUGUCAAACGUGAUACGCACUCGCACACAAGUUAUUUCUAUUCAGUGACUGUACUUUAAUUUCACCCUAGUGUUUAAGUGUUAUUGAAGUGACAUUUUGGAAAAUUGGAUUUUACGAACGUAUAAUGGCCUUAGCUAGGUACCUUAUCCACAAAGAAAAAGUUGCCAUGCCAAGAACGCUCGCGUCGGGCAGCGAUUGCGGCGGUGGUGGGUCGGGCGGGGGCGCGCCCGCUCCACAGUCGGCGCGCGUGUCCUCGAACGGCGCCGGUGGCAUGGCGGUGAGCCGCGUGCCUAGCCCGUUGCACGACGGAAACACGCCCGUCGCUGAAAACUGGUGCUUUACACAGGUGAAGGUGGUGAAGUUCAGUUAUAUGUGGACCAUAAACAAUUUUAGUUUUUGUAGAGAAGAAAUGGGUGAAGUUUUAAAAUCAUCGACAUUUUCGGCUGGUGCUAGUGACAAAUUAAAGUGGUGCCUACGUGUUAACCCAAAAGGACUCGAUGAAGAGAGUAAAGACUAUUUAUCGUUAUAUUUAUUAUUAGUGUCGUGUAAUAAAUCAGAAGUGCGCGCAAAGUUCAAGUUUUCGAUAUUGAACGCGAAACGGGAAGAGACAAAGGCGAUGGAGUCACAGCGGGCGUAUAGAUUCGUUCAAGGCAAGGACUGGGGAUUCAAAAAGUUUAUCAGAAGAGAUUUCCUCCUGGACGAAGCAAACGGCCUCCUGCCAGAAGAUAAACUGACUAUAUUUUGUGAAGUGUCAGUGGUAGCAGAUAGUAUCAAUAUUAGUGGGCAGAGUAACGUUGUACAAUUCAAAGUGCCAGAAUGCCGGUUGUCGGACGACCUAGGAGCUUUGUUUGAUAGUGAAAGAUUCUCUGACGUGACAUUAGCGGUCGGCGGACGAGAGUUUCAAGCGCAUAAAGCAAUAUUAGCAGCGAGAAGUCCCGUGUUCGCAGCGAUGUUUGAACACGAAAUGGAGGAGCGGAAACGCAACAGAGUGGACAUCACGGACGUUGAUCACGAGGUGUUACGUGAAAUGUUACGGUUUAUUUACACAGAUCGAGCGCCCAAUCUAGACAAAAUGGCCGACGACCUCCUUGCAGCAGCUGACAAGUACGCGUUAGACCGGUUAAAAGUGAUGUGCGAGGAAGCGUUGUGCCUCAGCCUAUCAGUGGAGACGGCAGCGGACACACUCAUACUCGCCGACCUUCACUCCGCUGACCAGCUCAAGGCGCAGACCAUAGACUUCAUCAACACGAGUCACGCAACAGAUGUCAUGGACACCACUGGAUGGAAGAACAUGAUAUCAUCUCACCCUCACCUCAUAGCCGAAGCCUUCCGCGCCUUGGCGACUCAGCAGCAGCAGAUUCCUCCCAUUGGCCCUCCAAGGAAACGGGUGAAGCAGGCCUAGUGCAAAGCCAACACCCGCCUCUAUACCAAAGAUACAGACGGCGCUAUUUUCGAAUUCUACGCCGGAUAGACAGGCACCAGCCGAGGUAUAUGAUAGACCUGUUUCUGGGUACAUUUUGGCUACCGUCAUCAUUAAAAGGGAAAUCCUGUGAAAUAUAGCUAAAAUAUGACUUUUUAACUUUCUAUAAAAUAUGUCAUGUAUUCAUUCAAGUCAAUCCAACGGUUGCCUCUAAUGUAGGGUAGGGUAGAUAUCACCAGUAACUAUUUGUAGUUGCUUUGAUAAUAAAAAUUUUAAUAAUAAUUAUAAUGUUUUAAUUAAAUAAUGCGUUAUUUCUUAUCGAAAAUUAACUAAUAAUUUAUACUACUCAACCUCAAAACUUAAAAAAAAAACAAUAAAAUUGUUUUGUCCGCCUCCCAUUAACUAGAAUUUUUUUUUACUGGCAACAUUAAAUGACAAUUUUCUCAAAUGUCUAAUACAUUUUUUAAAUAAUCUUAAUUUGAAUAAAAGGAGUAUGAGAUUGUUUAAAUUUGACAUUUGACCUUCCAACGCUGAAUUCGGCUUAUCAGUGGAAAAAUAUUAAAUUUAAAAGGUCUCUUAAAGUCGUAAGGUGUUUAUAAUAUGAUUUUUUCUUUAAUUAUUUAUUUAUGAUUGUUAAUAUCUACGCGAUUAUUAUCAACGACAGUUUCAAAGCUAUAUUUUACAGGACAUCGUCGACUAAAUAUUCUAAGUUGAAAAGAGAUAAUAAUUAUAUCUUUUGAUAGUAGAAAUUAGCAGUAGCAUCUUAGUGUAUUUAGACGGCGAUAUGUAUGUAUGUAUGACGAAUACAAAUGUGCCAAUAAGGGUAUGGAAUCCUAUGAAAAGUGUCCGUUAGGCAGUACCGGCGCCGGUACCCUCUAACUCUCAAUAGUAUUUGCGAUUGUUUAGUUUUUGUAUCGCAUCUGCGCUACGGACACGACGCCGUCCCUAUUGCUAUUGCAAGUUACAGAGUACCAACGCAGCUGCCGUGGACAAAUAGGCCGGUGUGUUGUGAAUCUUUGGAUUCGUUCUCUGAUUGAUCUCAAGACGUUCGCUCCAUGUACGUCGAGGCGCGCGCGCCAUUUUCAUGAAUUACGUAUAAUGGACGCUGGACGCUUUUUGCGCGUUGUAGAUUUUCGAAGUAGGCAUUUUACUAUUUUACGUAUUCUUUGUUUUUGUAAAUUAUUGCUUGUAUAUUUAAACAGUCUAUGUCAUUAAAAUGAUUUAACUAUAAAUAUUUGGCUUGUAUAGAGAACCACGAAAAUUGUAUUUGAUAGAAGCGUUAAAAGUAGAUUAUACUUGAAGUAGGUGAACGCCGAACGCGCGACGGUUUUAAACAAAGCGGUGAGGGUAGUUGUAGAAAGCCGUCACUCGUCGACGGUUUAGGUGAUUCGCGUGAUUGUAAUAAGUCUAUGAAAUCGUUGGUGUUGUAUAUAGAUGAUCUACGAUCCCACCAUUUAAUACUAUAUCUAAGUACUAAAUUUUAAGAGAAUGACGUACGACACCGUUACGUGUAUGAAUUUGUUGGUGUUAUUCCAAUGACAUAUUGUGAUUUUCAUUUGUAAGGUUUAUAAAUAGUAUUUUAAUUACAAGCUUUGUUUGUUUGAAUUUGUCACUAGUAUAAUUUUUCGUCCGUUUGUUCGUUUGUUUGUAUAUCUUCCGAGUCAUAUUUAUAGAACGCACUUCAUCUAUGCUCACUUUCGCUCAUCAAUGAAAGAACUAUUUUUUAAAAAUUUAUCUUAUUCCUAUUUGUAUUAAGUAAACUGUUGCCUAUUGAUGGAAAUGUUCACAUUCGUUUGUAAAUGAAGGGAGGUACCAAUUAUAAAUAAUAGGUUUACAAGCCAAUGUGUAAGUACUGUGGCCAAUAAAGUUUAUAAUACCAUUUUAUACCCACUACCCAUAAUAGCUGGCAGCUGACGUGUAAUAUGAUAGUUACAAUACAAUUGUCAGAAGUAAUAACUGUGAUUUUCGAAAUUGUCAAUAAGAUGAAAUAAAUGAAAUGAUGUAAUAUUA